AAGUACUGAUAAAGUCUGAUAAACCGUGACCCAGCGCCGCGAGCUAUAUAAAGUGACGCCUCGCACGGAACAAAGCAGUUGUCAUUUUGCUUACAGAAAACGAUGUUUGCGAUAGUCCUGACCGCGUUGCUUGCUUGCGCCAGUGCGGCACCUCAUUACCGUCAUAGUCAUCACCACGGCUAUGGCCCCCCGUCCCCGUUCGGCUCGCGGGACGAGUACGACCUCGGAGGCUUCGGAAUGGAACCCCAUUUCGGCAACGAUAACGACUUCUUCCGCGACAACAUGUUCGAUACUAGAAGAUUCUGGGCUGAGUUGUCGAGGGAGAUGUCGAUGCUGGACCAGCUGCUCAACGACUUCGCCAAACGGUUCCCCAGCGGCGUCUCCAACGAGGGAAUAGACAAAACGACCAAUGAAUACAAGGUAACAGUUGCACUGAAUGGAUUCGAGGAACAGGAUAUCAAAGUAAAAGCUCGCGAGGGACUUCUGAUGAUUCAGGCGAUACGGAACAAGGACGAGGCCGGACAAAAUAGUUACCUCAGCGUGAGGACGUUACCGGACUUUGUUAAUGUCACCGGUAGCUGGACGUAUGAAGAUGGCGUUCUGAAAAUCGUGUUCCCUCUUAUAUCUACGCCGGCGGACGGUGAGACGACUACAGAAAUAACGACCGAGAUACCGGAGCAGUUCAAGCCGGAGAGCCGCGAGGAGACGACGAUUGGUGAAGACACUAAAGACGCAGAUGUGGGCUUGGACAGAGGUGACGUCGCCAAGGAGACAGAGCUGCUCACUAACGAGAUCCCGCGCAAGGAGGCGGUUGAGGCCACCACGUACGCUGUGGACCUCAAGGAUGAGGUGGAGUUUGUUCCAGUGAGAUAUUAAAUUUAUGUUAGAAUAGAUGAUAAAUAAAAUUAUUAUUACAAUCUUGUAAAAA